AUGGUGCCCAAGGCAGACAGCGGUGCCUUCCUGCUGCUCUUCCUGCUCGUGCUCACCGUCACCGAGCCGCUGCGACCAGAGCUGCGGUGCAACCCUGGGCAGUUUGCCUGUCGCAGUGGCACCAUCCAGUGCAUCCCCCUCCCCUGGCAGUGUGACGGCUGGGUGACUUGUGAGGAUGAGAGCGACGAAGCCAACUGUCCAGAAGUGACGGGGGAUUCUCGACCUUACCAUGGGAAGGAAGCUGUGGAUCCGAGGCAGGGGCGGGCCCGAGGUGGCGACCCCACGCAUUUCCACGCAGUGAAUGUGGCACAGCCUGUUCGCUUCAGCAGGAAGUGUCCGACAGGGUGGCACCACUAUGAGGGCACGGCCAGCUGCUACAAGGUCUACCUGAGUGGAGAGAACUACUGGGACGCCGCACAGACCUGCCAGCGCGUCAAUGGCUCCCUUGCCACCUUCUCCACCGACCAGGAGCUGCGUUUCGUCCUGGCCCAAGAAUGGGACCAGCCAGAGCGGAGUUUCGCUUGGCAGGACCAGCACAAGUUGUGGGUUGGCUACCAGUAUGUCGUCACCAACCGGAACAGCUCCUUAGAAGGCCACUGGGAGGUGUCAUUCAAAGGUUCCUCAGAGGUUUUCCUGCCCCCAAACCCCAUCUUCGCCUCCGCCAUGUCUGAAAGUGAAAAUGUGUUCUGCGCCCAGCUCCAGUGCUUCCACUUCCCCACCCUCCGCAACCACGAUCUGCACAGCUGGCAUGCGGAGAACUGCUACGAGAAGUCUUCGUUUCUUUGUAAAAGAAGUCAAACAUGUGUUGACAUCAAGGACAAUGUGGUGGAUGAAGGGCUCUACUUCACCCCCAAAGGAGAUGACCCGUGCCUGAGCUGCACCUGCCAUGGGGGGGAGCCAGAGAUGUGCGUGGCUGCCCUCUGCGAGCGGCCCCAGGGCUGCCAGCAGUACCGCAAGGACCCCAAGGAGUGCUGCAAGUUCAUGUGUCUGGACCCAGAUGGGAAUAGCCUGUUCGACUCCAUGGCCAGUGGGAUGCGUCUCAUUGUUAGCUGCAUCUCCUCCUUUCUCAUCCUGUCCCUGCUGCUUUUCAUGGUCCACCGGCUACGCCAGAGGCGCCGGGAGCGCAUUGAGUCCCUGAUCGGAGCAAACCUGCACCACUUCAACCUUGGCCGGAGGAUCCCCGGCUUUGAUUAUGGCCCAGACGGGUUCGGCACAGGCCUCACGCCGCUACACCUCUCUGAUGAUGGAGAAGGCGGGACUUUCCACUUCCAUGAUCCUCCGCCCCCCUACACUGCGUACAAGUACCCAGACAUUGACCAGCCUGAUGACCCACCGCCACCCUAUGAGGCCUCCAUCAACCCUGACAGCGUGUUCUACGACCCUGCAGAUGAUGAUGCUUUUGAGCCAGCAGAGGCCAGCCUGCCGACCCCAGGGGAUGGUGACAGUGAAGGUGUGUCACCCCAGUGCCUGGAGCAGCCUCUGCCCUCCGCAGGGGUCACCCUGGCAGACCUGGAAGACUCAGCCGACAGCAGCAGCAUCCUGCUCGUGCCCCCCGACCCUGCCCAGAGUGGGACGCCCCCAGCCACAGAGGCACUGCCAGGAGUUGGCUGCCACAGCCGCAGUUCCCUCAAUACCGUGGUGUAG